GUUUGGGAGCCGGGCCGGCGCGCCGGGUCCUUCGUCGUCGCGGCGCCGGCGCCCGGCGGCCGGCGGGUCUGCGUCGAAUUGCGCGAACUGCGCUCCGCGCCCCUCGAGGGCUGGCUCGAGGAGGCGGGCCUCGGGCGCGGCUCGGGCCUCGCGAUGAUCGACAUCGCGCUCCGGGCCCAGUUCGAGCGCGGCGGCUUCCACGCGCUCGGCGGCGGCGAGUUCGUCGGCGCCCGCGCGGUCCAGCCCCUCAACAAGUACGGCCGAGUCGACGACGAGCUCGCGCGGCGGCUCGUCGAGCUCGGCUGCGAGCUCCGCGUCGGCGUCGCGCUCACGGCGUCGCGGCUCGACGCGGGCCUCUGCGUCAACUACGACCUGAUGGCGCGCCUCACCAUCAAGUCGGUCAACGUCGCGGAGCUCAUGCUCGGGCUCUUCGGCCUGCGCGGCAACCGGCCCGAGAAGCUGGUGCCGGACGAGAUCAAAAAGCUCCACGACCUCCUCAAGAAGAAGCUCUGCGAGGUGAACCGCGGGUCGCGCUGGGCGGGGCCCCCGGAGAUCAUCCAGCUGGCGCGGAAGCUCUUCGACCCGAGCGGCACCUACGCGACGGCCGACUCGGAAUCCUUCGACAAGGGCGGCAAGCCGCGGACCGUGACGGCGCACUACCGCAUCGCCUACGGCAUCGAGCUGCAAUACCCGUGGCUGCCGCUCCUCGCCGUCGACUGCGGCGCGGUGCGCGUCCGGUGCCGCGACGAGCACGGCGCCGACGUCCUGGACCAGAACGGCCGCCCCACGUUCGACGUCGCGAAAGAGAACGGCAAGGCGAUGCGGAAGCGCAUCCAUUUCCCGCCGGAGCUCCUGCAGCUC